UGCUUACAAAAAAAAACGGAAAUUUAAUUUUACCUAUUAAGAGGAGUUAAUUAUGCAUUAUUUCGAUUCUUUAACGAUUUGACCUAAUUGAAUUUUAUAAUAUAGUAUUAGUCGCAUAAAUUUAUGUUAAUGUGAUAUACAAAUAGUUAAAUACAUUAUUGCGAGAGAUCUUUUAAGAAUUCAUGUGUUCAUAGUUGCCAGUUCAAAGGCGCUAGUUUACUGACAUCACGGAGGGUAACAUGGCUUUGUUGUCAUCUUAAAUGCUCUGCUGUGUUGCGUAGAGUCAAGUGAUUUCUAUUAAUAUACUUAAUCAAAUUAAUGAAAGCAUGGCACGCGCUUGAGUAGGUUACUAUUUUAUUCAUCAACCUAGAUGGACAUGUCAUUCUCUCUUAACGUUCGAACAAAGUGAAAGCUAUGGCUGGUGCUACACAAGAGGUUAGAGAUCCUCUGUCUACAGACAGUAAAGGGUGUGCGACUGUAAAACCAACGAUAUCGUAUGAAGAAAUUGCUACCAAGCUUUUAAAUGAAAAGCUUUUAUUAACGGCCUUGGAAUUACACGCAGAACUAUGCGAAGCUGGAAAAGAAUUACCUAUUUUAAGAGAAUUUUUUUCAAAUCCCAAUCAUUUUGAGAGUCAAAGUAUUAAGCCAGAACCAUAUACUCCUAUGCCUAGGUCCUCUAGUCAGGCUACUUUAGACUCACUUGAUAUGACCAGAUACUCAGAAGAUGGUGCAGGUGUUGAUGAGAGAGUAGCAAUUUUAGAAUUUGAAUUAAGAAAGGCCAGGGAAAGUAUUUCUGCUCUUCGUGCAAAUCUCACUGUAGUAACAGAGUCAGAAGGGACUACACCUGACAAAUGCUCUGAUAAGCAUCUUGUUACUGGAACACCUAUAAAACCUCAUGAACAAAGAGCUAUAAAUUUUCUUGUUAAUGAAUACCUGCUAGCAAGUUCUUACAAAUUAACAUCAAUUACAUUUAGUGAUGAAAAUGGAAAUCAAGAUUUUGAAGAUUGGCAAGAUGUAGGAUUGAAUAUCCCAAAACCAGCAGAAUUAUUACAAAUAUAUAGGGAAUAUAUGAAGGCAAAUGGAUAUGAUAAAUUACCUUCUGUAAGUGUUGGUGUGCAAACUGAUUUCUGUGAAUUAGAACCAGAAACAGAAGCAGAGAAGGAUGAGUUCAAAGAAAUGGUAAAAAAAGUAGAAGAACUUAAACAACAGACUGCAUUAUUAGAACAAGAAAGGUUGGACUUGCAACAAUUUAUUGCCACUUCGGAAAAUCUAUCUCAAAAUCCAAUUAAGCAAGGUAGCAGUGGAACGAUACAAACGAUAAAUUCGAAUUCUACUACUCCAGAUAAGUUUGAACUCCUUGAAACUCCAGCUCGUGAUACGUCGACAGUGACUCAAGAAGCCGAGGAAGACGACAGCGUUUCUGUUGUUGUUAGUCUUGGUGAAACAGAUCCUGGAGAUAAAGAAUGGACUAGAAUUCAAUUGCCUAGGGUGGACGUUACUGAAGGAUCAUCCAUCCUUCCAAAUCCGCCAUCUAGACAUUUACCAUUGAAAUUUAAAAUGGAAGUAAUAUCACAUUGUUUAGUAAAUGUUCCAAGUUCUGUAAUAUCGGCAGCAGAAGAAGUUUUCAAAAAUGGAGUUACGCGCGAUACUCUCGUUCAUAUUUUAGCACAAACGUUACCUCGCAUCGUACCCAAUGUUAUUUUAAAUAAACGCGAAGAGGUAAUACCAUUAAUGUUAAGUGCAAUUCGACUUCAUAAUGACUCUACAGAAAGGGAAAAAUUAUUACAAAUGCUAUUCAAUCUAAAGAAAAGGCCACAAGAAGAUGAAAGGCAAUUAAUUUUAGCUGGUUUCGUUGCUAUGGCUAAACUUGAAGAUGAACCAAUGGAAGGUGAAGAAAUAUUGACCAUUUGUUGGGAACAAAGUCAGCAUAAGUAUCCUGAGAAAAGGUUGCUAGCUGUUGAAUGCUGUUCUGUAUUAGCUCCAUACAUGUCAGUUGGGAUAAGAAAUUCUUUAAUGCUCUCCAUGCUUCAGCAAAUGUUACUUGAAGAUAAAGAUCCAACAGUUAGAGCUAGUGUAGUGAGAAGUCUUGCACUGUUGAUAGCUUUAAUGGAUGAUCCUGAUAAAUAUUUUCAGUGUGAAGAAUUAGCACUAACGGCACUUCAUGACACGUCAUCUAUCGUCGUUGACGUUGCAUCCUCUUUACUUUUACCCAUUUUAGCCCAGUGGGCACUCUGUCUUAAAAGAUUACAAACACAUUUAUUACCACGUAUAAUAUCUAAAGUAAAAAGUCAUUUAAAGUCUGGGUAUUCUCAACAUUCGCCUAACAAAGAUCAUGUUGACGAAGGAAGAAUAGUAUCAUCAAUCGCGGUACUACAAUAUUUACUUCCACAUAUGGUUAUCUGCAUUGCAGAUACUGAUUCUGUUAGAUCUUAUAUUGAGCAUGGAACACCAUCCGAUAUACCUGACGUGUUCCUGAAUUUGUGUCAUUCCAAUAUCGUCAAUCCAAAGCUAUUUUAUAAUGGAGAUGUAGAUAUAGGAUCUCUUCUAAAUACGUUUUUUGCAAAUACGUGGGAGAAUGAUUCAUGGGGAGAAUUAGAGUGGUUUACAAAUUCACUAGUAUUGGACAUUUUGGAAAUGGUAAAAUCUGUUGAAAGUACACAGGAGACCAUUUUAAAUGCUCUUUUAACAUAUAUUCAUUCUUUAUGUUUGGGUUUUGGGCGAUAUAUCACGCAAACACGGAUCCAACCGAUAGUCGUAUCCGAAGUAACUGAACUUGAGCAACAGUUAACGACUCUUGCAACAGAUAAAAAAAAUAUGAGUUUGACGUUAAUUCCAACAUAUUUAAUUAUAUUGUCCACUUUAAACGGUAUAGAUGUUUCUAAGUCUUUAAAACAGUUCCUUGUUGCUUUAUCUAUGAGUGGCACCAGUAUUACUAGUUUACAGAUCGCAAUCAUUAUGUUAUGUACUCAAGAACAUAUGCAAGAAUACGUCCUUAGUGGUUUAUGGGAUGGGGUAGUGCACCAAAGACCCAUUGUAAGAUGUGCAACCGCAACAUUAUUUGGUUGUGUAAUAGCUCACGUUUCCGAUCGGUUAGCAAGUGCUAAGGUAGUUCCUGCAAUUGUUACGCUCGUUAAUGAUCCUGAUAUAACUGUUCGAUCUGCUGCAAUUCCUUCUCUCGGUCGUUUAAUAACGGAAUGUAAAGUGAGAGAGAUGCGUGAUAAAGCACGUUUAACUUUAGAAACCAUUGCUAAAGAACCUCAAGGUGUUCCGCCUACUUUAGCACUCCCACUGGUUUCAACAUUAGCAUUUAUUGCCCCUAAUUGUCCUCAAAAUUAUAUAGAAGAUGUUAUAUCUACCCAAUUAAUGGGGAUAACUUCAUCGGCGUUGCAACAAGGUCGCAAGAUCGAUCUCAUUAGUGCUUUGGUCGAAGCAUAUUCUGUCUUGGUUUAUUGUCCACUGAGUAAUCAGUGUGUUUCUGGCGUAUUAUUGCCGGGAUUAAAAUAUCUUGAACAAUUGGUUAAUCAAUAUUUACCUCAACAGAAGGAAGCUGUUCGGUCGCUUUUGCGAGAAGCCGAAUCUCGGCAAGAUCUUUCAAAACCAAUGGAGAGAUCCUUAUCAAUGAGUUCUGGCCUCUCAUUAUCAAUGGCUACAGUAAAUGUAGGACAAGGUGUAGAAGACAUGAGACAAAGAGUGAGCAAAAUAUUUCAACAAAAGACUAGUUCACCAAGUAUGUCAAGUAUCUUUCGAAAGAAGUAAGAUCUUUUUCGUAUUCAUAUUUAUACACAAAUAUUACUUUUUAUCAUUUCAAAAUUCUAUAUUCUCUUUUCAUUGUUUUCAAAUUUUAUUUAUUCAUAAUCUCUGUUGUACUUACCGCAUGUAUAUGUAUUAUACGAUUAACGGUACAAGCGAUGCACAACAUUUACACCAAUCAGGAUAUAAUAUUAUGUAAGUAUUACUCAUUAUAAUCGGAAUACAUAUAAGUUUGAAGACAAAUAUUAUUGAAUAUUGCUGUAAUGAUGUGUGUGCCUUUUAAAAUGUAAUUUUAAAUCACGUGAAUUACGAAAUCUAACUGUUUGGAGAUAGAAGAAAAGUCAAUAGUAUAUUAAUUUUGUUUUUUAACUGCACAACUAAGUAUAACGUUAAAUACUAAAAUAGUUGCAAUGUUUUAUAUCGUUAUUUUUUUCAAGGCAUUGUAAUAAGUAGAAUGUUAUUAUAGUUUGUUAUUUUAUAUUUUGUGAAAUAUUUAUUAAAAUGAAUCUCACUACUUACUAACGCCGAUAAUUUAUGAACCGUAUAACGUUAUCGUGCUUCUACUAAAAAAAUUUUCAAAUAUAUUCUGCCAUAACACGACUACGAAUUUAAAAGUAAAGUUUUAAGAGUAUUUGCUAUAUUUUAAAUUAUAUAGAAAAAUAAUUAUAGGUAAAUUAACUAUGCAAGAAAUCGGUUGUGAUUAUUAAGCGUUGAAUGUCGGAAGAGAUAAUUUCAUUUUGUAUUACUGUUUGAUAUUACGAAGCAAAAUAGUCUUUAUUCUUAUCACGUUUAAGCAUUUUGUGUGAUAUUAUAGAUCUAUUACAAUUAGGAUAUAUGUAUGUAUAUUUGUACUUAAAUCGAUUACAUAAAUAUAAAUCAGAUAAUAUUAUCUUCUUCACUGUAAACGAAAGAAAGAAAAAAAUUAAUCAAAUUUAUUUAAAAUAGAUCAUAUCUUGUAAGAAUAUUUUAUUGUAUCUAUAUAUAUAUACAAUUACAUUUCCCGUAUAUACAUAUAUGUUGAUACACAUUACAUGUAUAUAAUCCAUGUAUACGUAUAUAUGUAUAUAUAUGUGUAUAUACAAUGAUCAAUAAUUUACUUCGUAUCUCUCGAUCAAUGUAUUACCGUUAUUUUACAUACAUAUAUGUACAUAUAUACAUCCGUAUACAUGCAUAUGUAUUUACGUUUAUUAAAUAUUAAAUACUGUAGCAUAUAUUAUUACCGUGCAAAGAAUAAAUUUUAUAGUAUAUUUAUUCUAAAUGCAUUGUCCUAAACAUAUUCGGUUUUCUUAGACAUAUUAGAAACUCUGGUUAUGUUUGUAUGAACCGAUGACUCGCCAACUGUUGGCCACAGUAUGUUUUAUUACGAUAUAACGCGCGAAACAUUCAAUAGCCUCCGAAUUAAUUAAUCGAUACCCUGAGCAAUCUAGAUAAUAGUUCUAAAUCUAAUUUUACUUUGCAUGGACAAUUUUCCCGCCGUGAUUCGUAAUUUUUACACGGGUUAGAUUUGGGGAAUUUGCUUACGUCUAAGAAACCUUCAGUGUAAUACUAUUUAUGUACAUGACUUUGAAUUUCAACGUGACAUUUUAAAAGGGAAGAAAGCUUUUCAGUAAGCUCUACGUGAGUAACAACGAUAAGUGUAUAUCUGUGAAUGAAAAUACAUAGUAGUUCUCUUUUAUUAUGCCUUGUUAUUCGAACGAAACAAAAAAACUAUAUCACAACUAUCGUAUGCGUAUGAACUGCGCAAUAAAUUAAAAAAAAGUCAACCGUUGUCUCCCUCUUUUUCAUGUUUCUAUAACUACGUGUUUUUUUGCAAUAUGAACUCUUGUAUUGAAAAAAUAGUACGAUAUAAAAGUUUAAAUUUUCAUAAAUUAAGUCGUAGUAAAAUAAAAAAUCAUUACAAUGCGAGUUAAAUAAUAAAUACAUAUCAUUUCCCUUCCUUACUUUCUUUUUUACUCUGGAUUUUAACGUUCCUUUCGAAAAUUGACUUCAUUCGUACGUGAUAAGUUCUUCUUCUAGGAUUUAAGGAAAAGAAAAAGAAAAAAGGAAGAAAAUUCAUGCUAUACAAACGCCAGACUCGUUUAACGCGACUUUUUAGUGAUCGGUGUAUAAUCUUCUCGUUCCGUACGUCGCUUGUUUAAUUCUCACGAAGACGACACUUCUUGCUUCGUCAACGAUAAUAAUACUAAAUAAAAAUGGCUAUCUAUUCGUUGAGAGGGUAGUAAUAUCAGCAAGAAUUGAACAAAUUUAUACAGGGCUGGAGCAUGCCUGAUUGAGAAGCGGCCUGCCACAGACACGGUGUGUUCUGUAUCUUCGAUGAGCAUGGAACGAGUUGAUGAAAUACUCUCAAAUAGUUUUUUUCCUCGUCUCGGGGUUACCAGCGAAUAUAUGACAGUAUUCUGCUCUUGCUGAUAAUGCUGCUAGUACGAAUUCUAUUCAAACAUAAUAGAGAACAAAGUAAUUACUGUUAUAAAGUCAAGAUAACUUUCUAUCUUAAUAUAGCAGCUUGGUUUAAGUAAAACAUACCAAAAUUUACUGUUGUAUCAGCAAAAUCGAUCUUUGCAUUCUGAAAAAUUUUAUCAGAUUCUUCCGUUGGCGUACUUAAUGAGAGUUUUAAAGCCUUUCUUAAUUCCAUUUUAUUGAUACAAGAUAAUGACUUGGUACCACAUACCUGUUGAUUAUGACGUAAAUAAUACGUAUAUGUAGCAGAUAAAUAAUUUAGGAGAUUAGUUUUCAUUGCUACUUACUUCGAACGCUGUUUCGAUUUUGUCUAGCUCCGAGUUUGCGGUUGUUGUAGCUAACACCGUGAAUAAAUAUUCUUCUAAAUCUAUUUUACCAUUUCCAUGCUGGAAUAGUUAUAGGAUGAGUAAGUGAUACGUUGUGUAUAACAGAAAGUGAAAUAUUGGUUAUAUUAGAAUUACAUAAUGAACUAUGUACCUAUGUAUGAUACACAAUAAGAAACAUUUAUAAAUGUAUAGAAAAUUUAAUUAAGGGAGGAUAUGACAAAUGAUACAGACCCUAUCGUGUAUCCGAAAUAGUUGCUGAGUAACAGGCUCUUUUUCAUCUAUUCUGAGGAUUUGCGCAAAUUCGUGCAAAUUAACUUCUUCGUUAAAUCUCUCUGUUUUCUUCUGAACUAACUCCUCUUCCGUUUUGGCCGAUACCAAACUGUGGAAAUAAAAUAGCGUAUAUUGCAAGAUUAAUUACAUAAUACAUAUUUGUAUUUUUCUACACACAUGUAUUUGGUUUUAACGACAUACCCGAGUUUGUUACGAAGUUUAUGGGCUUCCACUAUGAUGGAUGCUCGUGGUAUGUUUAGCUGAUGAGCUUUGCUGAUAAUUCGGCAAUCGUCAUACGUAUAAUCUGACACGGGAAUCUGCAAUGCCCUAAAAAAUAAAUAAAAUUCCAUUUUUAACAAUGUAUUUUAAAAAAUACAAAUUUCAUUUUCAUUUCUUUUUCUAUUAAGUUUGAAUUCAUUAGAUUGUUUAUAGAUUUUAGAUUAAUUUUCUUAUCAGAUUUUUAUCGUUGAACAUGUUAGUAACUUAUGAACAUUCGACUUAAGUCAAACACGGACAAGUUAAAUGACUUUUUAGAAUUGAGAAACGCUUGUUUUGAGUAAUGAAAUGUACUCACUCCGCCAUAAGACGUCGCACGUUAUUUGCAUAAAGCUUGGGAUCUGUUUUCUCCGCUUCGCUUGGUUUGUAAACAGGAAGGAACUCUAUUUCACAACUGCUAUUUAGCUGUGUCAAUGUAAGCCACAGUAGCUUUAAUCUGAAAUUAAAAUUUUUGUUAUUUAACAUUUUGAUAAACAGAAUGUCAGCAGAUCUUCCUGUUCAAUUUCUAAAAUAUUCAAUUUAGUAAUUUUAAUUACAAAAAGACAUUUAGAAUAAGACGCUUACGCCCCAGGACCUUCCCAUGUCCAUGUUACGGUGUCCAAUUUGUUAGGAUAUCUGAUGCAGACUGGCUGAACAGGAACACCAGGAUAAAAUGCACCUGAUUUGAAAGUAAUAAGGCACGAUCGAUUUGUACAAGUACCUUCCGGGAAUAUCAUCACCUGUAGAAGAAAAUUGUUAAUUUGAUUUAAAUAUUUUUUAAUAAGGGAUCGAAGAUAAGACUUUAUUGUACAAGAUUCAAAAGGUUGUACACAUUUUCGAGCGAGGCAUCUCUUAAGAUGUUUCUAAUUAACAAAUAAUAACGCUAAUACCGAUGCUAAUUUGCAUUUUUGUUGCAGAUGAACGACUACCUUGCAAUUCGAUUUAGAGCGCUAUGUAAUUUAAAAAAAAAUUAUAUAUAAAUUAUAAAAAAAAAAUAUGUUUAAUUUAAAAAUUAUAAGUUACGCUGCUGUACUUGAAAAAUUUAUACGGAUCAUAAUAUCAAGAGUAAUUUUUAGAAAAUAAGCGACUGCAGCGAGUUCAUAAGCUUAUUUUUAAUAAAGGUACUAUUUUUAUGAGGGCUACCUGUGGCCAAUCCUCUUUUGAAGUAGCUCUUUCGAUAAUUUCCUUGAUAGUAUUUUGCCGUGAAUUCGGAUCUUCUCUCCAAACAUAGACCGGUUGUGUAUAGUUGAUAAGUUCUGCGA